AUGUUAGCGGAAGAAGCUGACGACUGGUGGGUGAGUUUGUUGCCUGUGCUGGAACAGGGUGAUGCUGUAGUAACUUGGGCUAUGUUCAGGAAGGAGUUUCUGAGUAGGUAUUUUUCGGAAGAUGUCCGAGGCAAGAAGGAAAUUGAGUUUCUGGAGUUGAAACAGGGCCACAAGAGCAAUGUUUGUGGUAAAGAUGAGAGGAAGUGCUUCAGGUGUGGUCAGAAGGGACACAGUUUAGCUGAAUGUAAGCGUGGGGAUAUUGUCUGCUACAACUGCAAUGGAGAGGGUCAUAUCAGUUCGCAGUGCCCUGAGCCGAAGAAGGUUAGAACUGGUGGAAAGUGCAUUGAUUACCGUCAGUUGAACAAAGUUACGAUAAAGAACAGGUAUCCGCUUCCUGGAAUUGACGACUUGAUGGAUCAGUUGGUUGGUGCUAAGAUUUUUAGUAAGAUUGACUUGAGGUCGGGUUACCAUCAGAUAAAGGUGAAGGAUGAGGAUAUGCAGAAGACGGCCUUUAGGACACGAUAUGGUCAUUACGAGUACAAAGUGAUGCCUUUCGGUGUUACUAACGCGCCUGGUGUGUUUAUGGAGUACAUGAACCGAAUCUUCCAUGCUUUUCUGGAUAAGUUUGUUGUGGUGUUUAUUGAUGAUAUCUUAAUUUAUUCCAAGAACGAAGAGGAGCAUGCAGAGCAUCUGAGAAUUGUAUUGCAAGUUUUGAAAGAAAAGAGGUUGUAUGCGAAGUUGUCAAAAUGUGAGUUCUGGUUAAGCGAAGUGAGCUUUCUGGGUCACAUUAUUUAUGGUGGUGGUUUUGCAGUGGAUCCUUCGAAGAGUAUACAGUUGGGGAUGCUGAAGAUUGAUAGUAAUUUUUUGAACAGUAUUCGAGAAGCCCAGAAAGCAGAUUUGAAAUUGGUUGAUUUGAUGACUACUGGUAGUGACACUGAGGACAGUGAUUUUAAGGUGGAUGAUCAGGGUGUACUGAGAUUCAGAGGAAGAGGUGAUCAUGUUUUUCUGAGGGUCACUCCUUUGACGGGUGUUGGACGUGCAUUGAAGUCGAGAAAGUUGACUCCUAAGUUCAUUGGUCCGUAUCAGAUUUCAGAGAGAGUUGGAACAGUGGCAUAUAGAGUUGGUUUGCCACCACAUCUUUCGAACUUGCACGAUGUGUUUCAUGUGUCACAGCUUCGGAAGUAUGUGGCGGAUCCUUCGCAUGUGAUUCCAAGGGAUGAUGUACAGGUUAGAGACAACCUGACAGUUGAGACUAUGCCAUUGAGGAUUGAUGAUAGAAAGGUAAAGUCUUUGAGAGGUAAGGAGAUACCUCUUGUGAGAGUCGUUUGGGGUGGAGCGACUGGUGAAAGUUUGACUUGGGAGCUGGAGAGUAAGAUGCGGGAGUCGUAUCCGGAG